ACUGCAUUUGUCACUUUGUCCUGUACCCCGUAACGUUUACAAACAGCAGUUUACAAAAGCAAUGGAUUUGAAUUGUCCCGGCUUGCACAAUCCCACCGAUCCGAGCAUAAAAACCUCGGAUUUCUACAAAACCUGCGGCCUGCCGAAGAGAAUGGAAUAUCCAUCGUGGUUUUAUGGUUACGGUAUUCAAAAACACCCCCCGGAUAAUCCGCUCUACUUAACUUCCUCCAGCGUGUAUGGAAGAUAUCCUCCAACCAUUCAUACGGUGGUUACUUCUUACUUCCCGACCUGCCAAGACUUCAGCAACUCCAGAGGAUUAAGCAGCGGAAACUAUAGGAAUUAUUCGCUCAACACCGGUCUGGAUAGGUCGCCGGUGUAAAUUUAUCGCCGCAUCCAGAAACGCGCCUUCCACGAAAAUCCUAUUUUUAUUUAUACAUUUU